UCCGCUCGGAGAAUCCUCCCCGGUGUCCGGGUCGGGAGCGAGAGGCGGGCCUUCGGGAAGCAGGAAUGCGCUGCAAGUCUCCCUGCGCGAGCUUCCUCCUCCACACGCUGCCGACAUGGACGCGUGGCCGCUGGUGCUCCUGUCCGUGCAGCUCUGCCUCUGCUCCGCGUACCAAGGGUCAGGACACUACCCAAACGGAGACGAUGAGGACUGGUAUUCUCGGAGACACACAGGGAGCCCGUGGUGUGCGCCCAUUAAGGUGAAGCACGGGGACGUGAGCUGUCGUACGCCCAGAGGAGAGAACUACAGGAACGUGAUGGGGACUCGCUGCAAAAUCCGCUGUAAGCAGGGAUACGAGUCCCAGAGCUCAGAGGUGGUGUGUAUGGCCAGCAAGCACUGGUCCUCCAGCUACGCCUGCCAAGAGAUCCGCUGCGCUAAGCUCGACAUGCCCGUUAAUGGCGGCUACAAGUGCUCGGACGGCUCCUACUUCAACUCGCGCUGUGAGUUCUUCUGCUCGCCAGGAUUUAUUCUGAUGGGGCAGAAGACGGCGACGUGCCAGUACCGCAAGACAUGGAGUGCUGGAGUCCCUACGUGUGUCGAUGUGGAACCUCCAAAAAUCAAGUGUCCCAAUCUGAAGGAUAAGUGGGCAGAACCAGCAAAACUGACGGCGAGGGUGACCUGGGACACACCCGAGGGCGUAGACACGGCCGACGGCAUCCUCACAGACGUUAUCCUGAAAGGAAAACCUUCAAAGUCAAACUUCCCGGAGGGGCUCCAUAAGAUGUCCUACACCGUGUUUGACCGCGCAGGGAACAAAGGAUCCUGUCGCUUCACAGUCCGAGUGCGAGUGCGCCGCUGCAGCGCUCUGUUUCCUCCAGACAACGGUUACAUGAAGUGUGACAGUGACGCAGACAACUACGGAACCACCUGUGAGUUCACUUGCACCGGUGGCUACGAGCUUCGGGGCAGCGCUGCCAGAGUGUGUCAGUACGGACUCACCUGGUCUGGCACAGACACCACCUGUGCAGCCAUGAACAUCAACGUGGGAGUGCGCACAGCUGCCGCACUGCUGGACCAGUUCUAUGAGAAACGAAGGCUCCUCGUUAUCUCGGCUCCAACUGCUGCCAAUCAUAAUUACCGCUUCCAGAUGACAAACCUACAGCACGCUCAGUGUGGACUUGACCUGAGGCACGUUACAGUAAUCGAGCUGGUUGGCACCUACCCAGCACAGAUCGGACGGAUUCGACACAGGCUGCUCCCUCCAGCACUGGCCCUGCAGCUCAGGUUACUGCUUCAGAUUCCUCAAAGGUCUUUCCAAAUGGUGCUGGUAGAUAAGCAGGGAAUGGACAAGCAACGCUACCCGUUCCCGAUUACAGCAGCUGAAUUAUUCACCACCGUCGACACCUUCCCCCUCCGCAAGGACGAGAUGGUGCUGCAGCAGGAAGCGGGCCAGACCUGCCAAUCAUAGGACACGGACUGUCAGCCAUCUUUGAUCCUUCUCCUCGUCAGUCACAGCAGUCUCCUUCUUUUUAUCCUCUCAUGUCACACCUGCCUACCGGAACUCAUCCGGUCCUGUUUGCAGAAGGUGUGAGUGUGAUCUGAAGCAUUACUGAAAGAGGUCACCAAAUGGAAUGGGUCACAUAGUACUUUACAAUCAUAUUGAUUCCUGUGUCUUCUGUAUCUGUAUGUUUUAUUAUUAUUGAUAUUUUCAAAGCAGAAUGUUUUAUUAUUUUUUACAAAAUGUUAAUGAACCGGCGUCCCCACUUUUCCAGUCUAAUAUUUAUACCUCACAUCUUUUAAUAAUAAUUUACACUCUUUGAAAUAAUGUGUGUGUUUUUUAUGUAUUUGGGACAGUGAUGCUUUGAUUAAAAGGUCUAUCAUUGAUGAUGUAAUCCUCAGUGUGUCAAUGUGAGUGCCAAAGACAUGCAUCGUCCUCUGAGGACAACUCAAACGAGAAAUUGAAGAAGUGUACAAGGAAAUCCAGGUGCGUCUGCAAUCUCACUGCUAAAUACCACUUAAUCCUACACACACCUCCUUUAAAUCAUGUUCUUGCCCAUGUGACCACAUGCAUCAUUAUUGGUCUCGCUCAACAUUUUGAGAAAUACUUGUAUUAACGGUCUCAACCAACCAGCAGGAACUCCUUAGACGGUUGGUUGUGUUACGUUGUGCAAUGUGAACUCACUAAACCUAGUUGUUGACUUAUGAGACAAUAGAUAGAAAAGGAAAUGUGUUUCACUGGCAGACAUUUUCUGUUCCAACUCCAAAAAGAGAGAUAAAAAAGUCUUGAAAUCGUCGCAGAAUGUGUUGUAUGAACACACAACUCUGUUUCCAUGUAAAAAACAGGACAACACCAGAGCCUGACCUGCCGUGGAUUCAUUUACAAGUUUCUCCUGAUUGAAUAAGUGGAAAAAAAGCUGGAAGCCAGAGAGUUAUUCAGGGAGCACUUUUACAAACACCCAAAGCCACAGUUAUUUAAAUAAAACAAAAGUGUCUGAAAUCCAUUUCUUUUUUCAGUCCUGGUUAAGUGUUGCUUCAUUUUUAGUUGGAUUUAAUAAACAUUUUACUGGUUUA